UAUGAACCUUGAAGGUGAAGAAUGUAAAAAUAUCUUUAAAGAAUGCCUUCCGGUAUGCUGUAAUUUGAAGGAGAUUCACUUGAAUUUUUGUCAAUUAUCACCGGAAGUUGGUGAAUAUAUUGGAAUAUUUAUAGGUCAUCAAACUCAAUUAAGUAUAUUAAAUCUUUCGAAUACAAACCUCGAAGACGAUAUUGGUAGAUGUAUGUUUGAAAAUAUUACGCCAUCUUGUUGCGGUGUAAGAGAAUUGAAUAUGAAAGGUUGUAAAUUCUGUCCAAAGAUGAGCGGAUACCUGUGCAAAUUUAUAGGAUAUCAGACUCAACUCGUUACGUUGAAUCUAGAAGAUACAAAUCUAAAAGGAGAUAUUGGAAGAAAUCUCUUUCAAAACACGUCUCCCUUGUGCUGUAAUAUUGAAAAAUUGUAUCUUAUCUACUGUAAAUUUUCACCGGAAAUGAGUGAACAUUUAGGUAAAUUUAUCGGAAAUCAAAAAUACCUUAAAGUAAUUAAUUUUAAAGGAACAGACCUUAAAGGAGAUAUUGGAAAUAAUAUCUUUAGAGAUACAAUUCCUUUAUCCUAUAAUCUAAGAAGUAUUGACCUAAGCCAUUGUGAAUUUUCCAGUGAAAUGAGCGAAAAUUUAGGAAAGUUUAUUGGAAGACAAAUUCAGUUGACAAGGUUAAAAUUCUUUUUAUCAAAUCUUAAAUCGGAUAUUGGUAUGAAUAUUUUUCGUAACAUUUCAAAGUCUUGCUGUAAUUUAGAAUAUUUGAGUUUAAGUAGUUGUUACUUGUCGUUGAGAAUGAGUAAAUAUCUUGGAGAGUUUAUUGGACGACAAACAAAAUUGAAAACGCUCCUUCUAGACGAAACUAAUAUUAAAGAUGAUAUUGGAAAGAAUAUAUUCCAGAAUACACCAUCGUCCUUUUGUAAUUUGAAUGAACUCCAUCUUAAUGGUUGUAAUCUUACGGCCGAUAUGAGUGGAUGUCUUGGUUCGUUUAUCGGUAAUCAAACUCAACUAGAAAUUCUUUUACUUAUUGGAAUUGACCUUAGAAAUGAUAUUGGAAAAAAUUUGUUUCAAAGCAUUUCGUCCUCUUGUAAUAAUUUAAAGAAAUUGAUUUUAAAUUAUUGUCUCUUCUCUCAAGAUAUGAGUCAACAUCUCGCAGUAUUCAUUCAACGUCAAAAGCGUCUAAAUACUUUUGAAUUUUUCCAGACCAAUCUCAAAGGAGAUAUAGGAAAAGAUAUCAUUCAAAGCAUUCCUCCAUCUUGCCGUAAUUUAGGAGGUUAUUCAAAUUUAUUUGUUUAA